GCAACAGCAAGACUCCAUCUCAAAAAAAAAAAAAGUAACCUUUAUGGAGCAUCUACUUUCAGUCAAGCACUGUGCUAAGUGCUUUAAAUGAAUUAACUCAUUCGAUCUAUACAAAACCUUAGGAAGGAGGUACUCUUGUCAUCCUCAUUUCAUAGAUGAGGAAUUGAGGAACAGAGAAGUUAAAUAACUUGCCUAAGUCACAUAGCUACCAAGUCGCCAGACAGAUGCACACUUAGGGAGGUGGCUCCAGAGCCUGUGCUCCCAGCCAUAAAUCCUGUAACUGAUAGUUUCCCUCUUGAUGUUGGUGGCGAGGAAGCGGCUUGCCAAAUUUGCCGGAGACUUCUCUCCUAGGGACAGGGUUGCAUAGUGUUUACCUUCCUUCCCUACCCUUCAUUUCCUGCCUGCCAGUGGGGCAGAGCUGGACUCUCAGCCCGGUGCUUUGAAAGGGGAAAAUGUGUGCCAGCUCUUUAAACACAGGUGUUAAUUGCUGAAAUUCAUCAGUAAUCACAGCACCUGUUCAGAAAGCCUCUGGCAUGCCCAUCUCCAGCAGUUACCUAUUAGGAACUUAGCCUCCACAACAUUAUCUCAGCCUUGCUUGAAUCCUUUUUUAUUUUCCGCAUAGUUGAGUGCUCUCUUGGGCUACUCACUAAUUCAGAAAACAUUCCAAAUUUCACUGUUUCUGCUCUAAUUUGGCCCUUUUUUCCUCCUUAAAAAUUGGUUAUACUGGAGCUUCGAUUUUGAGUCCAGGUUCAACUUUUGACUUUAUCACGUUCAAAUUGAGAGGCUUUAGAUUAAUUGCUUUCCACUGUAAUCUUCAGUUUCCUAAUCUGUGAGUUUAUCUCGGGGUUUAUUAAGAUCAAAUGAGAUAAAAAUGUGACAGCACCUUGUAAUCUGCUGUUAGGGAUUAUGCUAGAUUUUAUCUCAUGUUCGAUAACUAAAUAGUGUAAUCUUUUAGAAAUCUCUGCUACAGUAGAGGAUACACCAGUUCUUCAGUGAUUUCCACUGCUCACCUCUGGACCUUCCCCUAUGUGGUUAUGCCAUUUAUGCAUUCAUUUACUCAGCUAGUUUGACAAAAUUUACUGAGCCCUGAUGUGGAUCAGCUACUAUGGUAGGGGCUGGGGAAACAACAUGCCUGGAACCCUGUCCUGUCCUUGGAGAGCCCGCCACUUGUAUUAGGAAGUUGGUGGGUGCAGAGAGAGAAUUAGAGAAAGAGGGCUCACUUGCAGCCAGCGGCAAGCCCGUGGAAUUAGGUGCUUAGAAGAGGGGCACUGACCUAGCCUGGUGAGGGGUGGUCUGGAAGCUGCUUGGAGUGGGUGAGAUCUGAGCAGACUCCUGAAGCAGGACACGGUUGGGGGUGUGCUGAGUAGAUAAGGACAGGAGAGUCCUCUGAUGGUGAAGGUGUGGGGGAGGCAGGAAGGUGUGGUGUGGGAGCGGGAGGAAGUGAGGUUGGCAAAGCAGUCAGGUCUUCGGCAGUCAGAAGCUGGCGAGUGACAGAUUUGGGUUUGGAGAAUAUCAUUUGGGGGUCACAUGGAGGAUGGGCAGGAGGGAACAUGACUGGAGGCGGGGAGACAUUGGGGUGCAGCUUUCUGCAUUGAGUUGGUUUCAGUUUGCCUUGUCCCUUUCUGCUCUGGGAGUGGAGGUCAAGAGGCCCAGCCCCCUGCAGCUGAUGGAGCUGUGUCACCAGGCUCUUGCUCCGCGGCUGAGGAGCCUCAUGCUGUUCAGGUUCACAUCCCAGAAGGUAUUCAGCUGGAGCCUCGGACAGAGUUCAGCCCUGGCCCGGCCGCUAGCUGCCAGCUGCCAGGAGGAGGGAGGUCCUGGGUUUAGAUGAGAUGCAAAACUGGCGCCCGGGAAAGAGGGCUGAGCAUCGAGAAACCCAGAAAGCUGUCUCACAGGUGCAGACAUGACAGUGGCUUUGUGGUCUCGAAAACCUGGAGUAGACAGCCCCCCGUCUCGUCAUUGUUUUCUUGUUAGUCUGGGGCUGCUUCUAGCUUGGAGAUACACAGCUCCGAGCCCACCAGAGACACCAAAAACGUAACUUUUCUGCCCUCUGGUGUUAAAAGAAGGAAGAGAUUUUGCUGGGAAGAGGCACCUGUUUUCCUUCUCCUCUUAUUAGGAAGUUGGUGGGUGCAGAUUUGUCUCUUCAGGGGCCCAGCAGUGACUUCAUUGAGGAACAUCUGGCCUAGGCCGGAUCCUCAGCCGCCUGCAGCAAACAUUCCUGCCAGCAGGUGGCAGCAGGCCUCCAGGCCGCAAUGCCCAGCCCAUCUGCUGACCACAACCUUGCCACACCUCUUGGCAUGGGGUGUGUGCUUUUGGGGAUGAGGGGGUGGGUAGAAAUGAAUCAGACAUGGGCCCUGCCUGUGUGGAAAUUAGAGCACAGGCAGAGAGACAGAUUCCCAGGCUAUAAAACAGAAUAAAAUGGACUGUCUGAAAUGUAAGAGACAGCAUGGUGUAGGGGAAAAAGCAAGGGCAGUGGGAUUCACACAGACCUGUCCUGACCCGAUGCCGCCCCUUACCAGCUGGGUAACCGUUGGCAUGUUGAGUAAUGUAACAUGAACAAUUGUAAUAGCUAACAAUCGCUAACAUUGAUGUGAUGCUUCCUGUGGCCAGGCACAGAGCCAGGUGCUUUACAUACAACUCAUUUAAUCCGCAACAACCCUUGAGGUAGGCACAGUUAUAUCCCCAUUUUACAGAUCAGGAAAUGAAGGCACAAAGAAAUCAAAGUUCUUCCUAAAGGUCAUGCAGCUGGUGGUGGGGAGAGCUGGAUUUGAACCCGGGCAGGGCAGCUGCUCACCUUCAUGAUGUUGCAUUCGUAUCUGUGGGACUGGCACAGUGCCUGGCACGAGAAUAAGACUCUUAUUAUUAGCUGUCAGGACUAAUAAUUCAUGACAAUUCAGGACGACAAAAACUGUCUCCCGAGUGCUGUGUGUUUAGUGUCACUAAUUCUCCAUCUUCCUGGCAGAUUUGGGCAUGUGAGUGUGGCACACCUCCUGUUGGAUCACGGGGCUGAUGUCAAUGCCCAGAACCGGCUAGGGGCCAGUGUGCUCACUGUGGCUUCUCGGGGCGGCCACCUGGGUGUGGUGAAGCUGCUCCUGGAAGCCGGUGCCUUUGUGGACCAUCACCACUCUUCGGGCGAGCAACUGGGGUUGGGCGGCAACAGGGAUGAGCCCCUGGACAUCACGGCCCUGAUGGCCGCCAUCCAGCACGGGCACGAGGCCGUGGUGCGUCUACUGAUGGAGUGGGGUGCGGACCCCAACCGCGCAGCCCGUACUGUGGGCUGGAGCCCACUGAUGCUGGCCGCACUCACUGGGCGGCUUGGAGUGGCCCAGCAACUGGUGGAGAAGGGCGCCAACCCUGACCACCUCAGCGUGCUGGAGAAGACCGCCUUCGAGGUUGCACUGGACUGCAAGCACAGGGACCUUGUAGACUACCUGGACCCGAUGACCACCGUCAGGCCCAAAACAGAUGAAGAGAAAAGGCGACCUGAUAUUUUCCAUGCAUUGAAAAUGGGAAACUUCCAGCUGGUCAAAGAGAUUGCCGAUGAAGACCCUAGCCACGUGAACUUGGUCAAUGGGGACGGGGCGACGCCCCUGAUGCUAGCAGCUGUUACGGGGCAGCUGGCUCUGGUGCAGCUACUGGUGGAGAGGCACGCGGAUGUUGACAAGCAGGACAGCGUGCAUGGCUGGACAGCCCUCAUGCAGGCGACCUACCAUGGGAAUAAGGAAAUUGUCAAAUAUCUGCUAAACCAAGGGGCUGAUGUCACUCUUCGUGCAAAAAAUGGAUACACAGCCUUUGACCUGGUGAUGCUGCUGAAUGAUCCCGACACGGAACUUGUUCGACUGCUGGCAUCUGUGUGCAUGCAGGUGAAUAAAGACAAAGGCCGUCCGAGCCACCAGCUGCCCCUGCCCCACUCGAAGGUCCGACAGCCCUGGAGCAUCCCAGUGCUGCCUGAUGACAAGGGUGGACUGAAGUCCUGGUGGAACCGAAUGUCCAAUCGGUUCCGAAAGCUCAAACUGAUGCAGACGUUGCCCCGCGGGCUGUCCAGCAACCAGCCUUUGCCUUUCUCUGACGAGCCUGAGCCAGCUCUGGAUUCCACAAUGAGGGCUGCCCCCCAGGACAGGACAAGCCGCUCUGCACUGCCUGAUGCAGCCCCUGUGACCAAAGACAAUGGUCCUGGGAGCACAAGAGGAGAAAAGGAAGACACGUUAUUGACAACCAUGCUUCGAAAUGGAGCUCCCCUCACCAGACUGCCGAGUGACAAGCUGAAAGCAGUCAUCCCCCCAUUCCUACCUCCUUCCAGUUUUGAGCUGUGGAGCUCUGAUCGGUCCCGGACGCGUCACAACGGGAAGGUAGACCCCAUGAAGACCGUGCUGCCCCAGAGAGCCAGCAGGGGCCACCCUGUGGGUGGCGGGGGCACAGACACCACACCCGUCAGGCCUGUUAAAUUUCCAAGCCUCUCCAGAAGCCCAGCCUCUCCUGCCAAUUCUGGAAACUUCAACCACUCGCCUCAUUCAUCGGGCGGCUCCAGUGGGGUAGGAGGUGUGAACCGGCAUGGUGGGGAGCUGCUUAACCGCUCAGGUGGCAGCAUAGACAAUGUCUUGUCCCAAAUCGCUGCCCAGAGGAAAAAAGCAGCUGGAUUAUCGGAGCAGAAACCCAGCCAUCGGUCAAGCCCUGUGGGGCCAGCACCGGGGUCCAGCCCAUCUGAGCUUCCAGCCUCCCCUGCAGGUGGCAGCGUUCCCGUUGGCAAGCAGAAAUUGGAGACCAGCAAAAGGCCUCCAUCUGGAACUUCCACUACCUCCAAGAGCACCUCUCCAACCCUCACGCCCUCCCCCUCACCCAAAGGUCACACUGCAGAGUCCUCAGUGUCUUCCUCCUCAUCCCAUCGGCAGUCCAAGAGCAGUGGGGGCUCCAGCAGUGGCACCAUCACAGAUGAAGAUGAACUGACCGGAAUCCUUAAGAAAUUAUCACUUGAGAAAUAUCAGCCCAUUUUUGAGGAACAAGAGGUGGACAUGGAAGCGUUCCUCACACUGACUGACGGUGACUUGAAGGAGCUGGGAAUUAAGACAGAUGGGUCCAGGCAGCAGAUUCUGGCAGCGAUUUCUGAACUGAAUGCAGGCAAGGGACGCGAGAGACAAAUUUUACAGGAAACCAUUCACAACUUUCACUCUUCCUUUGAGAGCAGCGCCAGCAACACCAGGGCCCCUGGCAACAGCCCCUCCAUGGCUGGGUGGGUGAGGCCAGAAGAAACUCCCUCCGGCAAGAGGUAGCAGCUGCUGACGUGGCUCUGCUGGCAUCGGAGCCCACAGAAGUGAGGAGUGGCCAAUGGACCUGUCCCCCAAAUGUGCCUGACUCUGGGUCUUGCUGUCAGUGGGAUUCCCAGCACGGCAGACAGAAAGAAAGGUAGUUUGGCCAAGUCGUAGAAGCUGAUCCAGUGGGUGAAAAGGGGGCAGGGAACCCGUCUCUUUUGCUCUUGCCUCAGAGCUGCCUGAAGACAUGGGCCAGGCUGGAGGCUGGACAACUUUGGACAGAUACGCUGAGCUGUGCUUCCAAGUAAAUGCCUCCUGAAGAGCCCGGGACCCUUCCUGGGAGAAUUCUGCAGCCAGAAUGAAGGUGCCAUCAGCAGGAGGUGCUGUGAAGCACUCUCCUGUCGCUGUCCUUGUCCAUUCCUAGCAAGUUAAUCGUGUCUUGUUAACCAGCAGUUCCUGUUCAACGUGUAAAGAGACCGACCUGAUAUUUUCCCUAAUAAAACUGAUACCAAAUUUUGCAGGCCUGGCCUACAGAAGGAAUCUCCCUGAGUGAGGUGGGUCCUCUGGCCUCAGGGCGCUCUGCUCCUCCUUAACAUGCAGCCUGAGUGGAUUUAGUCCCUGCCUUAAUUUCAGCCCCCCAGCAGAGAAUCCAGUCCCAAAAAUAACAGUUGUUGCCAAAGCUUGGGAAUGACAGAAGGGAAAUCCACACAGAAUCACAGGUAGUGAGCUCGAGCACAAAGCCCAGUUCACUGUCCUCGGCUCUCCUGCCUGGCACCGCACUUCCUUCCUAAGGCUGAGACCACAUCUCCCUGCCCUUGAGAACUCCCUUUCCUCCAGGACCCCCGCCAACUUGGGGCCCUGUCCAGCAGAGUGGAGCCGUCUCGCAUCAGCAUAGGGACCCUCCCAGGUGUCCAUUUCCUGCUGGAGCCUUCUCCAGGGCAGAGACACAGGGCAUGGCCAUCCUUGUCAGGGAAACUCUGUCUCUACCUCCAGGUGGCUGGAGUGGGUUUGGCCUUCCCCUAUAGGGCCCUCACUAGGGCCACUGUAUCCACUGCCAGGAGUCUAGAAUGUCAUUUUAGUUUCUGCCCAAGAGAGUGAGUUUCCAUUUUCCUCACCAUAGACACUUUUUAUUAUUUUAUUGUUAUGUUUAUGCAGGGACUUAAUUCUUUGAAAGAUUGUUGUUUGUCGGCCUGUGUGUAUUAAAUGUUGUGAAGUUA